CAGGUGCAGGUGCAAUGAUUCACAUGUGCCUAGGUACCUACCUAGGUACUUAUAUGCAGUAAUGUCCGCUUAAAUUUCAUUAAAUUCGAGAGUCAGUCGUAAAAUUUUCACGUCCAAUGUAGUGUAUUUUUUCCAAAAAUUAACUCGAGCACGGUUUGACAAAACGAGGAAAUAGACAUAACGAGCGGAAACGAGUGAAUGUUUACUUUUCUCAAUCGCUGCAUCUUAUUGAUGUGUGAGUGUUUCCCUUCUUUUCAUUGUAUUCAUUCCCUAUUCUUACCUACCGAGAUUUGAGAGUGAUGAAAGAAGAGUAGGGAUGAGUCUGGGAAAUUUAACUGUAUAGAUUUUAGUCAAAUUUAAGUGGGCAUCAAUAUGUAUAAUACUUUAACGUAGAAAAGUCCUCCGCAACUUUAAUGUUGAAUACAUUUCGAUUUAUAUGCGAAUAAACAUUAUGAAACUGUAGUUGACCAUAACUAUACUCAAGUAAUACCUAACCUUACCAAUAGUUAUCACGUGGAAGGAAUUGAAUUCAUUGAUAUCAAAAAACGGGUGAACAAUAAAGAGUGGUGGAUAUUUCAAAAUUGUUCUGAUACAAGUAUGAAUAUUUAUUUUCAAUUUAUUUCUCAGUAAUAAAAUUUUUUGAAAAAAAUCAAAAUGAGUUCUGAUAAUAUGAGUGUCUCUGAAAUAUUUCUUGAAACUGCUGCGGACGCAAAAGUCGGAUUUAUUGCAGCAGCAAUAAUAGGUUACUGUUUAUAUAGAAUGAUGACAAUAAAGAAUAGAACAUUGAAAGAUUUUGAGGGAGCGAAUGAAACUACAAAUGACAUAGUGUUCACAGAUGAGUAUGAUAAUUACAAACUCAUCUUAGUAAUCAGAACAGACUUAAAAAUGGGAAAAGGAAAAGUUGCUGCACAAUGCGCUCAUGCUGCAGUUGCAGCAUAUAAAGCUGCUACAAAACAUCCUAAAAUUUUACAAGCUUGGGAAGAAUCUGGACAAGCAAAAAUUACUGUUAAAGUGGACAGUGAAGAUGCUUUAACACAAGUAGCAAAACAAGCAAAAGCUAUAGGAGUCUUAGCAAGUGUAAUACGAGAUGCUGGUCAUACUCAAGUUGCACCUGGAAGUAAAACUGUAUGUGCAAUUGGACCAGGUCCAGCUCCACUAAUAGAUCAAGUGACUGGACAUUUAAAAUUGUUUUAAUAAAGUGCCAAAUAAAGAGGCUUCUUCGCAUUGAUCGGCAGUUAAUACUAAACUACUGGAGUUCCAGAAGACUGGUACUGUUAAGUGUACACACUCUGCAUCGGGUAAUGAUCGUAACACAGCUGAUCUAGUUGCUUCUGCCCCUGUUAAUGUAGACAAAGAAUGUAUCUAUUUUAUAAUUUAUUUUAAUGGAAAUUCGCACUUGUUUAUACUAC